AUACAACUACUGCGAUGAGCCUGAAGUUGUUUUGGUGUACCGAAAAUUAAUGCUUGGAAAACAAGUUCCUCCACGAGAAGAACUACCGUGGAGAGUGCGGCAAAGCUCGCUGCGUUUCGUGUGGUGGUAGGCAGCGUCAGAUUGUCACUUGUGGCAACUGACUGAACUAAAGCUCGCUGACGUCAUACCGGAAGUUUAAAAUGUUAUUUUUCCGGAAGACUGCAGUGGUCAAGUCACGUGAUAGAAACAAGAAUGCAGGAAGAAUCGAACGCGGAGGGGGGCGAAUCUGGGGCAACGCUGAGAAGUUCGGACGUGAUCCCGCAUAGGAGAGGGCUCAUUUUUCGGAGAAAUCGGGUCGCGCAGUCGGCACCUUUCGAAAAAGGGGGCAACUCGAUGGCCAGUUUUCGCAGUGCCGCUUAUGUGAUCGCGUAGCAUACGCAGCGGCAACAAGCCAAAACACAACGGAAACUCCUUCGCAUCGACGGCGAGAGAGCACGACAAUCACCACAAUGGAUCAGACUGCAGUGUCGCGCCCUCCGGACUCGGUGGACAUCCAACUCCCUCACGUCGAGCAAAGCCUGUCGUGGGAUUGCGGAGUCUCCUGCGUAGCGAUGGUACUGUCGCCCGAGCAGCGCAGCGACUUGCUCCUCAACAGGGAUCUGAUAGGCCGCGAGGAGGGAUACCAUCAAAGCACCUGGACCAUCGACCUGUGUUAUCUGCUGCGGCGAUUCGGCGUCGACCACGUCUACACGACGGUCACCUUGGGUGUGAACCCCAUGUUCCAGAAGGAGUGCUACUACAAGAAGUCCCUGCAGUGGGACUUCCAGAGGGUCGAGGAUCGCUUCCGCGACGCCGCGUCCCACGGUCUCACGGUUUGCCAGAGGUCUACCACGGUCGCCGAGCUGCUCGAACACCUCGCUGGCGGUAAACCGGUCAUAGUGCUCGUCGACCACGGGCAGUUGCACUGCGACUCCUGCCAGAAGAACAGGGUCGUCGCAAAGAUGGCCGGGGUGUUUGCGCGCUACGCCCCGUACCAGGGACACUACAUCGUCCUGUGCGGAUACAGGCUCCGGGAGAGGAAGUUCCUCUACCGCAACCCGUCGAAAAGCGAGCGUCUGUGCAGCGUUACUUUCGAAACUUUGGACCGGGCCAGGAAACGCCUCGGUACUGAUGAGGACGUCAUAUUCGUUAACACCGCUUCGGAAGGUGUCGCUCGCUCGUGAACGACCACGAAGCGGGCGUUUUGGAGAGUUUUAGCGUAACGCAGGAGGGUCAGAAUAACCCUGCAUACCAUAAAACGUAGAGGAGAGCAGCUGCGCUGGUGGUGACGCCUUGCGGCGCGGUUGUUAACCAAAGCGCAUAAAUUCUCAUCGCGAUGACUUGCGGUAUUCCACUUAACUGCUAACGCGAACUUGUUGGCAGUGCCAUAAUCUCGUCAAGAAAGCAGUUCUUUCUUUUUUCAUUUCGAAGAGAGUUGCCAGAGACAAGAAUCUUUUGCGCAUUACGGUGGAUCACAACAUUGCAGGAUGGCACCAUCAGCUUUGUAUCCGGGUAUACAUGGAUGACACUAUGUUAUGCUAAAACUCUGUUGUUGACAUUGAAGAGCUUAUGACCAUCAGCAUUUAUUUGUGGCAUGAAGGAACUUAAUGCCAUUAACCUGUCCCGUAUGACAUGCGUAAAAUGCAGUUGAGGGUGUGGGUGUUAUGCUAAUGAAGAAGUCACAGUACCACGUGGUUCCUUUAUUGAGUGGUUUGAACAUGCACUAUAUGUGAAUCAACUGCUUGUUCCAGUAAUCAUGUAAACAUUGGUGCAAUGUAAUGUGUUAAUAACAUGCAAUUUAAUGUUAUCCUUGCAUGUCCGUAAUUGUUCCUAUUCUCUGUGGUCUACCAACUGAGACGCUGAGAGAAAGUUUUUCACUUGUUAAUUUUUAAGCCUGCCAAUUUACAGAUGCCUUUUGUGGGAAAGGUGCUAAUUUUUACUGCCACCAGUUUGUUGCUCACCUCAAACCGUUGACUCUUGUUAUUUAGUUAGUGUAGAUGUACUCAAAUUAUUGCCAACAUGUAUGAAAAUCACUAGCUUAAUUUUACAGCUGUUUUAGAAGUAGACAAGGAGCCUGAGACCAUGCUCGUGCUAUGUUACAUGUAUGUGGCAGACUUUUACACUUCUGAAAAGUUACUAUAUGUGAUCUCAUUGUGCCAAUGGGUGCUCGUAACACCCUCUUUGCAAUAUUUUUGUUUUUAUUGUAUGAUUGCUCUGCACGUGUGUUUAAUGGUCAUUGACAGCUUGUUUAUAGGUAUCACAAAGCAUUAAAGCAUUUUGUAGAAAAAGA